CACCACAUUAAUAGAGUCUCCGAUACGUGACAACCAGUUCCCUUCCUGUAUCCCACGUAGAGAAUUCCCAACAGUGCAACCCAUUUCAAUUCAACUAUAAUGCAAUAUACAUGUGGCUGACUUGGGAUGCGAUGCUGAGGCCAAAUACAACGAGCAUCUAAUAGAAUUCCAAAAUUGGAUUCCCGUCAUGUCUCCGUCCAUCACACCAUGUGGUCACAUCCACCGUUCACGCUGCGGCGAUGUGAUUUGUCCGUGUUGCUCUCGUAGGCCACCAUCAUCGGCGCCGCGGCGUAAUACCAUCUGAUCCAAUCGCAAAGUCUCCUGUUCGCCCUCCCUUCUCCGCCGCUGGAAGUCCGCCACAGAAGGAAGCUCUCUUGGUUUCACCGUUGGGGAAAACAGAUGGAAUUUUUCGCCUCUCAUGGCCUCAUCCAUGGCGUCGCCGUCCCACUUCCGCGGGGAAGUCCCUCCCAACACAGAGCCAGAGGAUAAAGAAGAGAUCUUUUUCUGCUACCAUCGUCUCCCCGUUCUAAUCUUCGUAGAGGGGAUGUUUUGAGGAGCCAGUGGUAGAAGAUAUCUCUAGGAUCGCUCGCUUUGGACUGCCCGCAUCCCUUCUUCUUCUUCUUCUCCUCCUCAUUUCUAAUCAAAAUGCAAUAUUUGAACUCCUAAUGCAUUUUGACCAUUUCCUUCAACCAAACCGAUCUAAAAAAAAGCCACCUUUCUUCCGUCUGGGAAGGAACAUUGAUCUUUGAUUUAUAUCCAAGGCCAUGUGCCAAUGAACCUUUUGUGGGAUAUCCAUCGUAGGAGCUUCAUGGCUUCUCAUCAAAAGCGAAGGAUUGAUCCUUAGAUGACCAGAUUUUUCUUGUGUUCAGGAAUCCACCAUCGUCCUUAAGAGGCCAUUGGAGACAGGAUGUUUGGAACUCAAGCCCAAAAAGAGGCAUCCAAUGGGUUUGCCCUCAGAAGAAGAGCCUAUUGGCUAACCUCGGCCACCUCCACCGCCAGGGCCACCACCAUCACCUCCAUCCCCAAGAAGCCAAGCACCUUCUCUGUCAAAUUCGAAGACAUGUACGGGUUCACCGCCGAGGGGAACAUCGACGAUGUCAAUGUUCUGAACGAGGUGAGGGAGAGGGUGAGGGAGCAGGGUAGGGUUUGGUGUGGCCUCGAGGCAAGCAAAGGUGCAAACUGGUACCUGCAAACGCAAAUCUCAUCCAACGGUGAGGGGAUCAGUGUUGCCUCGCUGAAGCUGUCGAAGCUUACUAACAUGAUCACAUUGAAGAGGCUCGUCAGGAAAGGGAUACCGCCAGUGCUGAGGCCAAAUGUGUGGCUUUCGGUGUCUGGCGCUGCAAAGAAGCGAUCCACGGUGCCGGAGAGCUACUAUGAUGAUCUGAUCAGAGCUACAGAAGGAAAAGUUACACCUGCCACAAGACAAAUCGAUCAGGAUCUCCCAAGAACUUUCCCCUCUCAUCCGUGGUUGGACAGCCCUGAAGGUCAGGCAUCUCUUCGGAGAGUCCUUGUUGGGUAUUCUUUUCGAGAUUCAGAUGUUGGUUAUUGCCAGGGUCUAAAUUAUGUGGCUGCCCUAUUGCUACUAGUAAUGAAAACAGAAGAAGAUGCUUUUUGGAUGCUUGCUGUCCUCUUGGAAAAUGUGUUGGUUAACGACUGCUACACGGAUAACCUUUCCGGAUGCCAUGUAGAGCAAAGGGUGUUUAAAGAUCUUCUAGCAAAAAAGUGUCCCAGGAUAGCUGCUCAUUUAGAAGCCAUGGAGUUUGAUGUCUCUCUUGUAGCCACAGAAUGGUUCCUGUGCCUCUUUGCAAAGAGCGUACCAUCUGAGACAACCCUGCGGGUCUGGGAUAUUCUUUUCAAUGAGGGGGCAAAAGUUCUUUUUCAUGUUGCCCUAGCCAUCUUUAAGAUGAAGGAAGACGACUUACUACGUGCUCAUCAAAUAGGCGAGGUAAUUGAUAUUUUACAAACAACCACCCAUCAUCUAUAUGACCCCGAUCAAUUGCUCACG